CUUUCUUCCACCAAAAUCUGACUUCCGUGAAAUUUUUGCUCUGUUAAUCUCUUUAAAUCCCUACAUCCUUAAUUCGACAAUUUCUGAUGCAGUACUAAAGCCAGGUUUGUACAAUUUCUCUUUCUCUGAUUUUGUUAGAGUCCAAUUGCAAGCAUCUGAGUUUUCUAAUACCAACACUUAACCCACAACCUUGGUAACACUGACAACCUAUGACAAACUUGCUACCAUUUCUGCAACUCAUCCUUCUUCCUGUUUGCUGUUCCCGUUGUAUGCUGUUUAACCAUGUUAGUUUUUGUCACCUCAUUCAUUCACCUCUUGUCUGCUUUCCACUGAACUUCAUUUAUCUAGAAGUCUAGAAAGGAUGGUCGGUUGUUGACUUGGAGUUUAUAUCUCUCCGUGUAGAAUCCUGGAUGUGGCAUUAGUUGGGGGCGAUGUUUAUACUAGGAGAUGCUUGAAUUUUUAGAUGGAAUAUGGUUGAGGUAAUGGGUAACUUAUUGGUGCGAGUUAAGUGGCUUAUAAUUGAUAAAAGAUGGAUUGCUUGUUGAAUGUUAUGUUCUUUUCUCUAGGAAUUUGGUGUUUCAAUUGGGAGGGGAUAAUGAGGCUUUGGUUUGGUUCAUGGAUGAUGAUGGGUGUGUGGUUGUGAUGUGGACAGGAAGGAAGCAGCAGCAGUUAGUUUUGUUGUUGUUGGUGGUGGUGGUGGUUUUGCUGAUCUGUUGUGUGUGAGGUGUUGAUAAGCAUAAGUUUGAACAUGAGUUCAGACAGCAGGAGCCGAAGCAGGACCAGGAGCAGAAGCCCACUGGAUCGUAAGAUCCGUUCUGAUCGCUUUUCCUACCGUAAUGCACCUUACCGGAGGGAUUCACGUCGGGGUUUCAGGUUUUCUGGUUUUUAGUAAUUCUGUUAUUUCUUCUCCCAGCUGGUCAAUUGGCUGAAAAUUAAUUUAGGAUUUAUACUUAGUGUCUUGUAUCUGGUAAUUGUCCUAUGAUGCUGUUA